AUGGGCAUUGAGGACGUGGCGGUGGUCUUCAGCCCAGAAGAGUGGGCUCUGCUGGAUCCUGCUCAGAGGGAACUCUACAGAGAUGUGAUGAUGGAAACCUUCACAAACCUGGCCUCAGUCGUCUCUUACAACCUCAGUGACAAAGAGAAGUGGCCCAGUGAACCCACCGUGCUCCGGUCCAUGAAGAACAACCCUUGGUCCUCCCUGUUACCUGAAAUCUCCGACUGUCCGCUCACUAACGAUCAGCUCCAACACGAGCACCAGGAGACGUGUCUGAGAAUGACCGGAAGCAGUCUGCCAGAAGGAAGUCGGUCUGGGUGCUAUGAGACUGGAAGGAUGUUUGUGGGGCACGCGCCCUAUGACCCGCACACCAGAAGUACUGCCCAGGGCCGUAGCUGUGACUCUCAGAAUCGUGGGAAGGCCUGCGUUUCCUCCUCCCACGAAACCGCCUCUCUGAAGACGACUCUGGAAAGGCAGAAACUCGGUGAAGACACGGUGUGUGGCAAAGCCUUCAGUCGCUUGUUGACCCCUGACAGUUUGGUGACGACACAUGCUGGUGACAAGAAACUGUGUGACAGGAACACACGUGGGCAGGCGGUCGACGGUGCCUCGUCCGUUUGGUCCCACGUGAACGGUCGUACGCCCGGUCACAGAGAAAGCUCUCAGUCCGGUAGUCGUCCUUCUUCCCUCAUUCUGCACACGGUGUUCCCUAACCAAGACAAGCGCUGUGUGUGCAAGGAGUGUGGGCAGUUGUUUGGCUGUUCCGGAACCCUUGCCGCGCAUGUAAGAAUCCACAAUGAGCAGAGGCGUCACGUGUGUCAGCAGUGUGGGAAAUCGUUCUGUGAUUCCUCGGCCCUGACUAAGCACAGACGAACUCACAGCGGAGAGAAGCCGUACGAGUGUCAGCAGUGCGGCAAAGCCUUCAGCAGCUCCUCGGGCCUCAACGCACACAUCAAAACGCACAGUGGAGAGCGGCCCUUUGUUUGCAGCAAGUGCGGAAAAGCCUUCAAGCAGUCCGCGUACCUGACCGCACACAUCAAAACGCACAGUGGAGAGCGGCCCUUUGUUUGCAGCAAGUGCGGAAAAGCCUUCAAGCAGUCCGCGUACCUGACCGCACACAUCAAAACGCACAGCGGCUACCGGCCUCAUGUCUGCAAGAAGUGCGGGAAAGCUUUCAAACGCUCCACCUGCCUGACUGAACACAUCAAAACGCACAGCCGAGACCGGCCCUUUGUUUGCAAGAAAUGCGGGAAGGCGUUCAAGCAGUCUGCGUACCUUAACUCCCACUUAAAGAUCCACAGCGAGCUCCGGCCCUACGAGUGUAAGGAAUGUGGAAAAGGAUUUUGCAGCUCCUCAGGCCUCAACGCACACGUGAAAACUCACAGCGGAGAUCGGCCUUACGCCUGCAAGAAGUGUGGGAAGACCUUUAAACGCUCCACACACCUCACCGAACACGUCCGAACCCACAACGGAGAGAAACCUUUCGAGUGUGAAGUGUGCGGCAAGACGUACACCCGCUCCUCGACCUUAACUAAACACAGGCGGAGUCACGGCGGAGAGCCUGCGUGUGAAGCCACGCACGUGGGCAGACCUGUAGACUCCCUUUACUCCUUGCUGCACGUAUAG